AGUCCGGCCUCCAUGCCCAUCCGUCACACGUUCGCUUUUCGGUGCUUUCCGAGUUUUUUUAGGGAAAAAAAAGAGGAAAAAUCAUUGUUCGAUGAGGGUUUGAUGUGUUGGGAUUAACACACUUCUUGCAAAGAGAGAUCUGUUUUAACUCUAUGAGUUCAAUACAAAUAUCUGUAUUUUUUCUUGUUUGUAUCUAGUAUACAACUCUUUUUAGAUACAACUUAGCUAGAUUCUCAUUUUUAAAGAAUAAUAAUUAUUAUUCUUUUGGAAAACGAAAAAUGAUUAUCUUGCCAAUGCUAGCUCCGUCAACAAUACAAUUAGAACAAUCAAUCAAUAGAACCAUGUUUUGGUGGACCAAGAGACACAAGUUAUGAGCCAGCUGCUAACGAUGUCGGCCCUGGCGGCGAGCCGCCGCCUCCUCCACCUCCGGCCGGGGUUGGAGCUAUGCCUGAGGGCAAAGGGGGUGGCUCGUUUCCGGCACGAGCCUCCGCAUCGGAAGCUUGUGAGCUGCCGGCGAGAUUCUUACAAAGAGGGGAAUGCGGAGAUGGAUACGGCUAGGCCGAAUCCGGAUGAACAGUUUAGUAAUUGCAAGGAUGGCAAUGGCGCAACCCUGGAGCCCAUGGAAAAUAACUUUGCCGGUGAGUUUGCGCAGCUUUCCUUGGAAGAGGAGGUGAGUGACGAUGUGAUGUCCGGGAUCAGCGAAAACGUGGUGCAAGAUGUGGAGAAGGCUGCGGUUGAAUUGCUUUCUGCCAGAGCAUUUACAGUCUCUGAGCUUAGGAAGAAACUAUGCAGUAAGAAGUUUCCUAUUGAUACAGUCGAUGCUGUGAUUGCUGAUUUCAAGUCAAGAGGUUUGUUGAAUGAUGGUUUUUAUGCGGAAUCAUUUUCGCGAUCCCGGUGGCUGUCAUCAACUUGGGGUCCAAGGCGAAUAAAACAGGCACUUCGACAAAAGGGGGUGCCAGAGGCGGAAGUAGACCAGGCAACAAGAAGAGUGUUCCAGGAUGAUCACGGCCAUGGAAACCAGACAACGUAUGGCAUAUCAGAAGCUUCCAUGGAUCAUCUGUUUGCUCAGGCAUCUAAACAAUGGCAGCGGGGACAAAGCUUGCCCCUGGAGAAUCGCCGCGCCCGACUGGUGAGAUGGCUUCAGUACCGGGGGUUCAACUGGGCUGUGACCAAUGCCAUUGUUAGGAAGCUGGAGGCGCAGCACCCUCCCUGAGCCUUGUGCUUUGCAAGUUAGUGUGUUAUUUUUGUGUCAAGUUGGCGAUGUAGUAGGAGCAUCUGUCUGCUCUAGCUAUCUGGUUUCCGAUGAGCGAUGAACCUGAUCAUUCGUUUGCCACGCCGACACAAUGGUUAACGGUUCAUACAUUGGUUGCAGCAAAGUUUGAAACGUGAUACAAAAAUCUCUACUACUUCAAAAGUUUCUAAGGAA